AUGGCUUCCUCCUCGAAGAAUCAACAACAAUGGCCUGAAGAAUCACCCCCUUUGGCUGCUGGGCCUUUGGUUGACAACAUAGAAGGAGUAGGAGGCGAGGGCGACGCUGACGACCCGGAGUUCAAUCACAAGCACGGACUCUACUUCUACUUUGGACAGGAAGCUGGAGGGUUCCAGAUGCCAUGGGGCAUCCAUCGAGGAAAGCGAAUGCACGACGUGCCGUAUAGCUAUUUGAUGUGGUGUUUUAUCAAUUUGACGUUGGCGAGAUCGUUCCGUGCGGCGUUCGUACGCUACCGUGCAGGUCUCAUCGAGUACGCCGAGCGGCUGCAAGAGAGGAAUUACCGAGACUUUGUCGUCCCACUUGGGAAGAAGCAUCGAGGCAAGAAGAUCUUCCAGGUCAGGGAUAUCAAAUGGAUGAAGUGGCUGCAGAAACCGAUAGGGAGAAGGAAGGAAUUGAGGGAGAAGUUCGACGUCUUCUUCCGGGCCCUCGACCUCUACCUCAAAUACGGCCGUCGCCGCUACGAAGCAACCCGGGACAUCGGCCAGCUGCUCAAGGAUGAAGAAUACGGCGACGACGAACUCACGGACGAAGAGGACCUCGAUUAUGUGCUCACAGACGACGAAGACACCGACGACCCACUCGAUGAGGACGACUACGAAGACGACGUGGCUGACGACGUUGGUUAUGAAACGUUCGAACAACAUUGCAAGAGUGAUCUGGACGAGGCACUCACCAAAGACGGAGACCUCGCCGAUAUCGUUCAGCCUGACGACGCUCCCAUCGAAUACGAGACUACCGAAGACGAGUUGGAGAGAGCCGACAGGGAAUUGGAGGAGGGCGAAGGCGCGCUGACCGACUCUGAGCGAGCAGCUUCGGUCGUCUCCAGUGGCGACUCUGCAGAGGUCUCAGAAAGUGAAGCUGAAUUCAGCGACUCUGCGUCUUCGAGCUCGGGCUUCAUUUCGUCCACCACUCCAGUUACGUCCACCUACGAUGGAAGCGACGACGAAGCUUCAGUCGCUGAAGGCUCGGAUGCGGAGCGAGGAGCAUCCGCCCAUCGAAGAUCCAAGCGUCUCGCCGAGAAAUCUACAACACCCCUCGUUGAGAGUACUGUCGAGAGCGACGAAGAAGUUGAGGACGAGGAUGUUGAACCACCUCCAAAGAUUCCUCGAAAGCAACGCCCAACCAGAGCUCGAGAAAUUAUCGAAAUCUCGGACAGUGACGAGUCUGUUGCUGGUCCUGCCCACCCCACGCCUCGUAAAGCUUCAAGAUAUUCCCCUCGUAUCAAGACCGCCAAACGAAUCGUCGAAAGCUCCGACGAGAGUGAAGGGGAGAGUACAGUCAAAGAGUACACCCCGGCUGUCAAGACACCCACAACGUCUCAAAAGAUUGCGCCUCGACGGGUUGAGAGCUCAGAUGAAAGCGAAGUGAAAGAAAUGGAAUCCGCUCCCACUUCUACUCCUCGAAGACGUGCUGCACAAAAUGUAGUCCAAGAUGAGAGUGAGGCUGAUUCAACCGCUGGUGACGAGGAACGUCCGGAACCUGGCCCUUCCACUCCCCGACGAGGUCGACCGUCCAUGCAACUCGCUACACCACCCGCUACGAAGCGAAAGCGUUCUUCGAGGAAGCCUCAUGUGGAUUUCGACGACCAGGAUUAUGUCGAGUCGGAUUGUUCACUUACUGAACCGGCUACGGAGCGACGUAUGACACGGUCGAUGGGGCCUGCGCGACUUUCGUUCGAACCUGGACAGUCUGGAGACGAGCAAUCCAUCGACGAGUCGGAGGACUCAGAUUCUGAAUCUGUCACUGUCGAAUCAGAUAGGCCUGCAGAGCCUGAUCGCAUUGCCGUUACACUCUCGGAUAAUUCGGACUCGGAGGACGAUAUGCCUCUCGACCAGCUCUUCACAAGGACUAGACAGCGGCUCGAGGAUGCGGCGCCGAGGAGGGAGACUCCCAUUAUCCAAGCGAGCUCUGAGGUGCCUUCGACUCCAGGCCCAAGUUCUCAACGACAACGAAACUUCCGACAGGAGUCCAGUGUACCUAGGGUUCCGAGACCAUUCCCUAUGUCCCCACCGCCUACCGUACGCCCGCAAAGAGACGAGGUACCAAGAACUCCAAGGCCGUUCCCGGUGUCGCCUUUGGAACGUGAGGAGAGGGAUGUGGAGAUGGAGCGUGAUGAGCUGGAGGUGGUGGGUGGGAGGAGAGGUAAGGAGAGGGGGGUGUUGAUGACUCCGCCUUCGUCUCCUUCGCCGUCGUCUUCGAUGGUUGGUGGUGGGAAGAGGAAGAGGAGGGAAGAUCUAUUUGGUGAGUAG